AUGUUGUAUGCUUUAGAAUUUGAUUUGCGGUGUGCUAUUUUGAAAUGUGUUAAGUUACUUAAAACUUUAGGAAUAAUGCAUUCUUCACAUAACUGGAAUCUGAAUUCUUUGGGAUCUUUUAGAAAGAGUGUAACAGGAUUUGCAGCUGAACGUAGUGGAAUUGAUAACCGUGCACAGGAGAAGUUUACCGUCAAGCGUACGGUAAAGUAUCGCGCUCCGAAGUGGACAACAGUUUUUGCAAAAAAUCAAGCAAACUUCUCGUCUUUUGAUGAGUUUGAAAAAAAUGAUUCUUGUUCCCAGCUCAGGACAGACCCUGAGUUUCCAACGGAUUAUCGAUAUGAAAGCAGCGGUGCUACAACUUUUGAUUACGAUGAAUGGCAGCCACCAAGCUCUCACGCUCCGUUAUCAAAAACUGAGAAGCUUUUGUUUACCUCCACAGAUAAUGAAGAAGAAAAUUUGGAUAUUUGUACUCCUAAAUCUGGAUCCAGUGAAUUCAGUAGUAGGCCAAAAUAUAUUGGUGAGACACAGCUUAACAGUCGAACAGAUUGCUCUCAUACGGCUUCUCCUCUCGCGCCAUUUGAAAACAAAAUUGAAGACGUUUUACCAAGUCAACUACUUCCGACAAGUCAAGGUCAGUUGGAUACCAAAACUUGUAUUUGCAAUAGACCUGCAACGCGAGUUUAUUGUUUAAAAUGCGGUCAUCAUUGUCAUGGCAGAGUCCGGAAGGUUUGUUCUCUUCACCGCAAUCGGAUGGAUCUGAUGGACAUUCGUCAGUGCUGGAACUGUCAGAGCAAAGACCUAUGGGAGGAUUGA